CAUUGGUGCCAAAACUCAGCCAGAGUCUAAAUGUCCUGAACUUUUGGCCAACUACUGUGAUAUGUUAUUAAGAAAGACCCCACUCAGCAAAAAACUAACAUCAGAGGAGGUGGAAAAGAAAUUAAGAGAUGUGCUUUUGGUGUUAAAAUAUGUACAGAAUAAGGAUGUGUUUAUGCGGUAUCACAAGGCUCACUUAACAAGGAGACUGAUAUUAGACACCUCAGCUGACAAUGAGAAAGAGGAAAACAUGGUGGAAUGGUUAAGGGAAGUUGGUAUGCCAGCUGAUUAUGUAAACAAACUGGCCAGGAUGUUCCAGGAUAUCAAAGUCAGUGAUGAUCUCAACCAAGAAUUUAAAGACGCCCAUCGGAACAAUAAUGAGGGUAUAGCAGAUUCAAUUAAUAUAAAGAUACUGAACGCUGGAGCUUGGGCGCGGUCGAGUGACCGGGUAACUGUGUCCCUGCCGAUGGAACUGGAGGACUAUAUACCACAGGUGGAGGAGUUCUAUCGACAAAAACACAGCGGCCGCAAGUUACAGUGGCACCACCUCAUGUCUAAUGGAAUUAUUACAUUUGGCAAUGAUAUAGGUCGAUUUGACCUAGAAGUAACAACUUUUCAAAUGGCGGUGUUGUUUGCGUGGAACCAGAGGCCUAAGGACAGGAUAUCUUACGAGAGUCUGAAGUUAGCCACCGAGCUCCCAGACACAGAACUCAGGAGAACUCUCUGGUCACUUAUAGCUUUUCCAAAGAUCAAACGUCAGCUUUUAUUAUGUGAACCUGAUGCCAAGUCCGCCAAAGACUUCAAUGAUGCCACUCAGUUCUGGGUGAACCAAGAAUUCGCACUCAUUAAAAAUGGAAAGGUCCAGAAGAGAGGGAAGAUAAACCUAGUGGGUCGGUUACAGCUGUCUACAGAGAAAAGCAAAGAGGAGGAUAAUGAAGGAAUAAUGCAGUUGAGGAUCCUUCGUGUUCAGGAGGCCAUCGUAAAAAUCAUGAAGAUGAGGAAGAGGAUCACGAAUGCAGCUUUGCAGACAGAACUCGUAGAAAUAUUGCGCAAUAUGUUCCUUCCAUCUAAAAAACUAAUCAAAGAGCAAAUAGAGUGGCUCAUAGAACACAAAUAUAUGAAGAGGGACGAGGAAAACAUUAACAUGUUCAUUUACAUGGCUUAAUUGUGAUACACGUGUAGGAAUUCCAGAGAAGUGCAAAAUAGAUUUUACUCCGGAGCAUGACAGUUCAGGUGUAUGCUGUUGAUAUACUGCUGUCGUGGAAGCUUUUAGAACAGGCAUUGGUCCAUUUCCUGAAGGCACGACAGGAGUUUUCAGCAUUUAACAGUGAAUUUUAUCACUCACAGUUUUUUCUUCUUCCUUUAAAUAUUUAAAGAUCUGACACUUAACAAUUAUUAGUUUGUGGAAAAAUUUACUAUUAAUGAGUACAUUUUUUUUUUUACAUCUUUAAUUAAAUAUUUUGUAACAAAUUUGUACACUCCAUCAAAUUUAGUUAUAAGCAUUUCUUGAAAUAUCUGGAAAAUUUCUAUCGGAAUGUUGAUUAUAGAAAAAAAAAUCUCUUACCUAGCAAGACAUUUUAAGUGUGUAUGUGAAUACAUGUAUGGGAGAAUGAGCAAUACGUCAUUAGUGUAAUAUGUGUAAACAAUCUGAACUCAAUUAUUUUAUAAGAUUGAUGACCAGUGUGCUAUAUCCUUAGGGCUUUCAUCAGUACACUGAUGGCAUGUUUUUUCAUCAAGCUUUUAUUAUUUGAAAUGUUUCACAAUAUCAGUGUGUGUAAAUCUUCUCAAUGUUAGCAAGUCUUCUGGUCACUGAACCUGUAUUUGUUUGAUAAUUAUCAAAUGUUAACAACUACAUGUCCAUUUUGUUUGUUAUGAAUAUUUAACAAAAUUCAGAUACACUAGCUUUGGAAUGGAUUAUAAAUAGUGGAAAUUUUUUCUUCCUUAGCCAAGUAAUGACCUUAUUGAAAUUGUUCACAUAAAUAACACGAUUGAUUCUUUACCUAAUAUUUAUUAUUACAUGUACAUGUACAUGUAUGUGAACCAUGAUAAAAAAAUCACAGAUCAUAAAUAACCCACUUUAUAGUUAGGUGUUGUUGGUGAUCUGUUUAUUCCUUUAAGUGAUAUAGAAAUUAAUCUUAUGCUUUAAAGCUGGUCCAUUAUCAAGGAUUAUUGUGACUAAACUUGAAUUGAUUACCGGUAUACCUGUUACUAGGGAUGCACACUACCAGAUGUGCUUUGAAAUCUGGAUCUGGUCCUCGUUUACUGGGUCAUUGUAAAUGAGUUAAAAUGUUUGGGGCAGAUCUGUAGAUCCGUCCUGGACCAAUCUUGUAUAGAUGUUGUAUCUGAGGAUGCACAUUACCAGCACAAUUAAUUGAUGGAUGAGGUUCAGUCUAACUUAUAGAUAACAUUUGUUGAUGUGAGAUUUAUAAUCUUUAAUUAUCUAUGCUUUCAUGUAAACAUUAAAAUCAAUGAAAAAAUACAUAAAUAUAUGAUAGUAAACCCCAGUACACAACUAUUAAUGUGUCAUCGUCCAUUUUACUACACUUGUUUUCUACCUCUGGACAUAAUGGUUUUAGAUGAAAACGUAGGACCCUGCUGCAGGAUUCUACCUUAUACAGUGGCUUUUUGUUUGUAUUAAAAGUUAAAGGGGAUUAUACUGCACAUAAUAUCAUAAAAUUUAUAUUUGCCCAGAAGAAGGAUUUUUUAAACACACAUUCAAGUUCGUUUUGUCCCUUUUGAAUAUAGAUGGUUUGCUUAAAUAGCUCUGCUUUAAAUUACCUAAAUGCAAAAAAAAAAAUAAUAAAUAAACAGUAUUACAUGAAUAUUUGAACAAAUGUACGGUUCCAUUAUGGUUUAGCAGGAUCUGUGUUUUAAUGUACACAUAAGUUGCACAUGUGCAUCAAUAUGAAAAUAGACCAUUUCUUUUUCUGACAUAAAGAGUGGUAAUUUCGUAAGUCCCCCCCCCCCCCCAUCAUUUAAUAUAUAUGUAAACAUUAAUAGAAAAGUUCUGGAAAUUUUGUGCACUUCAAUUUAAAUUAUUUGUGCUUGAGUUUAAUUUCUGGCAGGGGUAAUGAGUGAUGAGUUAUAUAUAUGUGGUGUAUACAAGAUUAUAUGUGUAUGUAAAUGAAUGAGCUGUUUCAAAAUAUGUGAAGUAUUAAAAACAAAUUUUGUGUAAUAAACCCCAAAAUUAAGACA